ACCGGGGAGGGGUUUGCAGGGCGGCGGCGCCUGCGCGGGGCGGCGGCGGAGCUCCGCGAAGUUGUGCGGGGCCCGGGGAAGUUUGCGGGGAGGCGGCUCCCGGUGCCCGGUCCCGGUGCCCGGUCCCGGUGGCUGUCCCGGUGCCGGUGCCGGUACCGGUACCGGGCCGGCCAUGGCUUUCCGGCGACGAGCCAAGAGCCACCCGCUCUUCAGCCAGGAGUUCCUCAUCCACAACCACGCCGACAUCGGCUUCUGCCUGGUGCUCAGCGUCCUCAUCGCCCUCAUGUUCGAGGUCACAGCCAAGACUGCCUUCCUGUUUAUCUUACCUCAGUACAACGUUAGCGUGCCUACAGCAGACGGGGAGCUGGUCCAGUAUCACUACGGGCUGAAGGACCUGGUCACCAUCCUCUUCUACAUCUUCAUCGCCAUCAUCCUGCACGCAGUGGUGCAGGAGUAUGCCCUGGACAAAAUCAACAGGCGUCUCCAUCUCUCCAAGGUCAAACACAGCAAGUUCAAUGAGUCGGGGCAGCUCGUCGCCUUCCACCUCACCUCCUUGAUUUGGUGCUUGUACGUUGUCGUGACGGAAGGAUACAUAUCAAACCCCCGGAGUUUGUGGGAAAACUACCCGCAUGUUUAUCUUCCGUUCCAGGUGAAGUUCUUCUACCUGUGCCAGCUGGCCUACUGGCUGCACGCGCUGCCGGAGCUCUACUUCCAAAAAGUCCGCAAGGAGGACAUCCCCCGCCAGCUGCAGUGCAUCGCGCUCUACCUGGCGCACAUCGCCGGCGCGUACCUCCUCAACUUAACCCGCCUGGGGCUGAUCCUCUUGCUGCUGCAGUAUUUAGCCGAAUUCUUCUUCCACAUGGCCCGGCUGGUCUACUUCACGGACGAGAACAACGAGAAGCUGUUUAACGUCUGGGCUGUUGUCUUCGUGGUCACCAGGCUCUUCACCCUCACCCUGUACAUCUUGGUCAUCGGCUUCGGGCUGCCACGGGUGGAGAACCAGGCUCUCGAGCCGGAGAGGGGGAAUCUCUUCAGCUUUCUCUUCAACAAUAUCCUCUUCAGCCUGCCUCUUCUCCGCCCUUGCCAGAAUGAGUGUGCUGCUGUUGGUGUGCCUCUUCCAGGCCUCGGUGAUGUGGCGCUUCAUCCACUUCCAGCUGCGGCGCUGGCGGGAGUACUGGAACGAGCAGAGCAGUCGGAAGCGAGCCGCCGCGGCCGCCGCCGGCGCCAAGCAGCAAGCCAAGCCUCUCAAGAGGGACUCGGGUUACCAUGAAAACGGAGUGGUGAAGGCGGAGAACGGCACCUCACCGCGAACCAAGAAGCUGAAGUCGCCGUAAGGAGCAAGAGCUUGUCCCCUGGGGAGGAGGGCGAGAUACCAGGACUAAGGACCAGACGGCCUCCCGGUCCUCACAAGCGGCUGGCACACAGGUCGUCUUCCCAAGGUGUCUCUCGCUCUCCUCCCUUCCUUUCUUGCUCUCUUGAACCGUUUGCAAUAAAACCAAAAAGGUCCCCUUCCCCUGCUCCCUCCCCCACGUAGGAGCCUUUUCCAAGCCUCCUGGUUUUGCCUUCCUCGUUUUCAUCGUAAAUAAGCGUGCAAUUUUUUUUUCUAUUUUAGUAUUUGGUUAUUUUGUUGUUCGAUUAUUUUUUUUUUGUUACAAAUGCGUUGUAGAUGAUUCCAAACAUUACUUUUUUUUUUUUCUACAGCAUGUUUCUCCCCUCCCUCUGCGCUGCUUCCCUGAGCCUCUGGGUCAGGGCCAUGGCAGUUUGAAGGCUCCGUGUCUCUUACGGGAACAGGCUCCUGGAGAAAAGCGUUGGGGCUCUGUGACCCCGAGGCUCAGGGGUGCUCUCAGCUGAGGGUUGCCUCUCCUAGGCCACAUCUGGCCAGCACUUGGCACGUGCUGCAGGGUGUCGAUGCUGCAAAUAGGGACCAGGGUCUGAGGGAGGAACCUCAGCUGUGUCCUGUCUCACAACGGACUUCUGGUUGAGUAGGGUUCCUCCAAAUCCUGGUUUUGAGCUAAUUUUGGAGAUCUGGGCAGCAGAGAAGGGAGAGAUGAUCCCUCUUCCUAUAGGACCCGCAUCCUAGCCUUUGCUUGCCCCAGCUCUUCUGGUACAGCUGGGUCCCUUUUAUCCUCUUGACUGCCCCGUAGUUGUUUGGACCUCCCAGCAGAGAGCUGGGCUCGGGGCGCUGCAGCUCGUCGUGCCUUGUCGUGGGGCAGUGAUACCCCCAGGUCCGGGUGGAACCUGGAGUCCUGCCCCGCUCUGAGCCCUGGCCUGGCUCCCAUCAGCCUCGUGUGCCUCAUGGACCUGGUGUUCUCAUGGCUCGUAACCACGUCCAGAUGAGCAAACUGGCUGCUGCAAGGGGUUUUGCGUUUAUGGGACUGUGCCCCUCGUGCUAUCGCCGUAGCCUUCCUCGUCCCUACCGUACCGGUCCAGCCGUGCCAUCUGCAGCCACCAGCUUCUCUUUGUUUCCAAAGGAUACACGGCCUGUAUCCACCCAAGGUGCUAUCAAAUGCAGGGUUUCUUCCAAAAAACCUAGCCCCUUCAUCCCUUUCUGAGCUGUGAAUGAGGUGACAUGGAAGGGGAAGGAAGGAAGGCUGCAAGGAGCAGCUCGUACAUUAGGAAAGGCCUGACCUGUGACGCACAGCUGUUGGCAGAUGUAGUUGUCUCCAACCUACCUCAGAGGCCGUCUGUUGCUGCAGACCACUCUUCCCUCUUGCUCCUGCCCGCUGCCACCCGUACGUGUUGGCAGGAGAAGCCCAAAUCCCACCGGCUCGGUCCCCUGCUGCCUCUUUGCUGGUGGGCUGUGUCUUCUGCCCGGGGUUUCCCGGGUCAGUGGGCUUCUCUGGGUGCCGUGCACCAGCCUGGAUUUGGCGGACGGGCGCUGGACGGGCACCUCUCACCCCAUAGCUCUCCUCCGGGGAUGCCUCUGUAGCUGGGCUUUGCUGUUGGUGCCUUUUGUGCAGCAAAGCCGGCUGUAGGCUUCGCUCUGCAUCGCUAUGGCAGGAGCAGGCGAGCGGUGCAUGGGGUCGGGGAGAGCCUGGCAAGCCUUUGGUGUGCAAGCCAGGAUCGAAGCCCACCUUCGUUGUGGGCAGAGGGGACGCGUGGUCUCGUGGCGUGUCCCUUGCUCAGCCCCACAGGCGACUGAGCUGAAUCUGAGCACGAUUUGAGCUUGGGCUUUCUUGCGGUGAGGCUGGCACAGUCGUCUUUCAUACCUUUUUUAUUCCAUACCUGUUUUGGGGAAUGGGAGACAGUUGAUUCUCUGCCACUCUGAGUUGUUUUUUUCUCCCCCUCUUUUUAUAGGUGUCUUUUUUCCCUUCCUCUCCUCCUCUCCAUGUCGAGCCUCAGCUAAUGCUGGGCACCAGAGGGAGAAAAUGAGUAGGGACAUGAGUACAGUCGGUCAAAUUCCACUUGUUCCUCCAUCCCCAUGACUUCUCAGUGUCAAACGAGAUGCCAGCAGGACUCUGGGGGAGAGAUUCCCCCUUUUCAGGAGAACUCUUUGGAGCAGAGCCCUUGAUCAAUCAAUCCCCUUGAUCAAUCAAGCCCCAUCAAUCGCUCCUCAUAGUCCUUGCUGGGCAGAUAACUCACCGUUUGGCUCAAACAGAGGCAGCACCUGCAGUGCAACGUGAUGAGAGGGCAGGGAAAGAGCUUCACGUGAG